AGCCGCCGGCGCGCGCGCCUGGCUGGGGAGGGGGAGCCAGCCCAGCACGUGGCCAGCUGCGUGUCCUCCCGACGAGUGGCGCUUCCCUUCUGAUGUCACCCUGACGCAAGAGCGUAAGGUUGGAGACGGGAGCCUCUCCCCCUCCCUCACUAGGGCCUAACGCUCCUCCCCUCACGGCGCAGGCGCAGGGGCCGCCGCCGGCUCCGGCUUCCUUCCAUUCCGUUCGCAGGGACGGCAGGGGCGCCGCGUGAGUGGGAGGCGCGCGGCCGCAGCACCGCCCGCCCGGCCCGGGCCGGUUACCGCCGGCACCAUGAAGAUCUGGACCUCGGAGCAUGUCUUCGAUCACCCCUGGGAAACAGUUACAACAGCUGCUAUGCAGAAAUACCCAAAUCCCAUGAACCCUAGUGUGAUUGGAGUUGACGUACUAGACAGACACAUAGACCCCAGUGGAAAGUUGCAUAGCCAUAGACUGCUCAGUACAGAAUGGGGGAUGCCUUCUAUUGUAAAAUCACUCAUUGGUGCUUGCAGAACAAAAACAUAUGUUCAGGAACACUCUGUAGUUGACCCUGUGAAAAAAACAAUGGAACUUAAGUCAAGUAACAUUUCAUUUACAAAUCUGGUGUCAGUAGAUGAGAGGCUUAUCUAUAAACCACAUCCUCAAGAGCCGGAAAAAACCAUUUUGACUCAAGAAGCAAUAAUCUCUGUAAAAGGUGUCAGUGUCAGCAGUUAUCUUGAGGGAUUAAUGGAAAACACUAUCUCUUCUAAUGCUAAUAAAGGCCGUGAAGCAUUGGAAUGGGUAAUCAGUAAAUUGAAUGCUGAAAUUGAGGAGUUCACAGCUUCAGCAAGAGGAAGCAUGAGGACUUCUAUGGCAGCAGCAGCAUUUGUAGAGAAAUAAUAGUGAAUACAGCUAUAUCAAUUAAUAGCUCUAAGUGUCUAAAAUAAGCAUACUAAAACUUCUUUCCAAGUUGAAAUAUAUUUAUUCUUAUAUUUGUUAUUUAAAAGUAUAUUUGUAUAUUAGGUAGGUUUUAAAUUAAAACUUGGAGAGAAGUUGCAAAUUCUUGUGACUGAAGGUUAUGUGGUGGGUCUUCACUAACAUGUUAGUUCCAUUGGACUGAACAUUCGUUUCAAAUGAAAUAAUCUAACAUUCAGAGCUUGUUCCUGUAUUUAGCUGAACACUUAUAUAAAAUAGUUUUUUAUCCUAGGUAAGAUUGUAGACGUUGCAGGAGAUUGACAUGUUAGUGAAUCCUACUUGGGUGGAAUUCAGUGGUUUGAUUCACGGCCUCUACCUCUUUUGGGACCAAGCCCAAAAUUAAGCAAAAUAGCUUGUGCUAGCAAAGUUGGUGAUAUGUUUGUCUUGGGCAGUUGAAUGAUAUAACUUGAUUUAGAUGGAAGGUAUUACUUGAAGUCUGAAGUAUAAAUGAAUGUUUGUAUAAAAAAUACUUGUUUUGAUAAACUGCUGUUAAAGCGUUAUUGGAUAGCUGAGCUAAAACGGUACUUUUAAAGUUAACUAUAUCCAUCAAACAUCAUCUUAAAACUCACAAUAAAAGUCACUGCAUAGUUUUGAAUAGUGUACUUACCUGCUGAGGCCCAAGUUCUGUUCUUAAAUAUGAAGUUGCAUGUUACAUGCCAAUAACUGAGGGAAGAACUUAGCCCUAGAUGCUUACUCCUUUUUUUCACCAUCACAAAGGAAAACCACCUCUAUUUAGAAGGGUACUAUAACCACAUGUGCAUUUUAACAUGUAAUUUUGUAGACCAUUAAAGCUUCAUAGAAAAGUAGAAACGUAUUUUGAAAUUCAGAAGAAAAACUUUCUUGACGUUAUUAGAGGAACUUUAUAGAAGUGAGACUGAGUUACUUCCUCGUACGUUUACAGGAGUUGUUACAUUGCUAAACAUGUUUAAAAUGUUGUCUAAUCAUGCUUCAAAAAUACUCAUUAAGCAUGGUAUCAGACUAUUUGGGUGUCCUUUAAUUUAAACACAGUAUUUUGCAUUUAAUUUUCUAUGUAAUACUCUGUGUGCCUCCUUUAUAUCUUAUUGAAAUAAUUGUCUGCUUACAAACAAGGCUUUUAAAUGAAAGACAGGAAUCAGAAUUUAGAGGCGGGUUCGGUAAUCUUGUUUCUUGGUACUGGCCACAGAUUCUUGGUGCUGUCUCAUUCUUAAAUUCCCACAGCUUAUCACAAAGGGUCAGAUUUUUGCCAACUGUACUGAAGUCAAGUACCAUAUUACUCUGAAGAUAAUUCCAUUGGAAUCAGUGAGGACUUCUCAUAAAAUAAGGGCUUGUCUACACUGAUUUGUCUACAUGGCUUGUGUAGCUGCAGCACAGAAUUUAGAGAGCUCUCCCAGCGCUCUAAAAAAACCACCUUCAUGGGUGUAGCUACCAGCGCUGGUGUACUGCCUAAACCGUCACGUUACAGUGCUGAAAGUUGCAGUGCUCAGGGGGGUGUUUUUUUCACACCCUAAGCGAGAAAAGUUGCAGCGCUGUAAAAUGGCAGUAUAGACAAGCCCUACGGCACCUUUCAAUGUGGGUGGGAAAGUGCAAAAUGUAGCAUUAAAGAAACUGCACUGAUGAUUUACUGGUCGGAAAUCCUGACUUCUUGUGCCAUAAGGGGUCCAUUUGGCAUUUCAGACCUAAUCAUAUGUUUUGUUUCAUUUUCAGAAUAUAAGAUGUCACCUGUUUAGUAUUUUCUGUUAUAUGCCAUUUUUCUGUGAUAUUGAAGUUGCAUAUUGAAUAUUGUGUGUUUAACAAAACUAGAUCUUUUCUUAGUUUAACAGUGAUCAAUAUAGUGGGAACACAAACUUCAAUAAGAUUUUAUAUAGAAGAAAGACUGUGUAUGUGUGUAUAUAAUGCAACAAAAGAAAAUUUACCUAUUUAAAAAUUUAAUAUUUUUUUCUACUUAAAACCUAUGAAGUUUUAAUUUGAGACUUUGUGAGUACAUUUGUAAAAGCAACUCAGAUCCAUUAGGGUUUGUGGCUUUUUUUACACAUGGAGAUUGUUCAUAAAACUGAAAUUAUAUUUCAACUAAAGAUUAGUAAAUGUUGCUACUUGAUAAAAUUUCUGUAGUCAUACUGUAUCUUGUGAUAAAAGUUGCAGUGCUCUAAAAAGUUUCUAAUCACUAAUUUAACUUGUAAAACCUAGCUUAGUUCUGUGCAUUUUAAAAUUCCUAAUUUGAACCAGGAAAUCAGGUACCCUUAAUAAAGAGCCAUAUUGUGCUAUCUGUUUUUAAGUAGAUCGCCAUUAUUGAUUUCAAUAGGAGUUCUGCUUAAAAGUUGCUGCAUUAUGGACUCAGAGUAAAUUUUUUAAUGUAGGAGUUGCCAGAUCCUAGGGAUGUGAUGGUCAAAUUUAUCAUCCUAGAUAUAGUUUUCAGUAGGAGAAAAGUGAUUUGGGGCCUAUCUACACUACAAGCCUACACUGUUACAAGGGAAUAAUAGUUCAAUAACGAUAUUGUGUAUAUACAACAAGCAAAAAUAUACUGAGUCACUAAAAGCCUGCCAGACAAUUGUACACCGGCUGUGUGAGUUUUAUAGACCGGCCCUCAGAAAAGCAGCCAGAAAGGAAUUAAGAUAAGCCAGAGCCCAUUCUGCUUGUUGGUAAUGUUCCUCAGUGUUGUGUGCUCACUGUUCACUUUGCAAGUACAUAACCGAGCCUAACAUACUCUUAUUGCCACUUUCUACUUGUCUUCUCAGUUAUUUUGGAUGCAGGACUGUCAGAUUUUUCCUUUUCUGUUUCCAUAGCAUACCCUCCAGCACAGGGGUUCUCAAACUGGGGGUCGGGACCCAUUGGGGUCACAAGGCUAUUACAUGGGGGGUCACAAGCUGUCAGCCUCCACUCCAAACCCCGCUUUGCCUCCAACAUUUAUAAUCGUGUUAAAUAUAUAAAAACAUGUUUUUAAUUUAUAAGGGGGGGGUCGCACUCAGAGGCUUGCAAUGUGAAGGGUGACCAGUAAAAAAGUUUGAGGACCACUGUGGACUGUACUGAGGAUUCCUAUUUAGAGAGACCCAAUAGAGUUCUAGUGGAUUCUUUAAUGUGAGUGAAGCCCACUAGUGCUGACAUAGUUAAUCUUAUUUGAAAUUUACAUUUUAAAGUAAAUUUGGGAAUAUGAUACGUUGGCCAGUUUAAUCUCAGGUCCUACUGAGAGAUGUGCUGGCUGCUGUUUCCCGCAACCCCCAUUGGCCUGGAACGGCAAACCAUGGCCAGUGGGAGCUGUGAUGGGCCGAACCUGCAGAUGCUGCAGGUAAACAAACCGUCCCGGCCCGCCAGCAGAUUUCCCUGACGGGUUGCGUGCCAAAGAUUGCCGAUCCCUUGUCUACACUGUAAUAAAAGCCCACGGCAAGAAGUCUCCGAGCCCAGGCUGACUUGAGCUCUACCUGCAGGCCUAAAAAUAACAAUGUAGACAUUCAGGCUUAGUCUGGAUUCUGAGACCACCUCCUGUUGUGGGGUUUCAAAGCCCCAGGUCCAGGCUGAGCCUGAAUAACUACACUGCUAUUUUUAGCCCCACGAGCCUGAGUCUGUUGACUGGGCUCUGCAACUUGGUGCCAUGGGUCUUUUAUUGCAGUGUAGAUGUACUCUUUCACAUAAAACCUAAUGCUUCUAACUGACUGUAAAUUUGUGAUACUCUCUCUGGUAGAUGCAAUAUACCAAUAUGUGAUGCUGCACAGAGAAAAGGCUGGCUUGGGAACACUUAGUAGCCCAUCAGAGUUCUUUAUUAUUAUGCUACCAACUAGAGAUUAUAAACUCAAUCAUAUGAGUAUAGUAAAUAAUUUUCCUGCAAACAAUGGGCCAAAUCUUGUUCUCACUGAAGUAAAUUGGAGCAGGAUUGAGCCCAGUGUGAACUUUAAAUAAAUUCCUAGAACUGUAUGGAUUUCAAAGACAGAGCAAGAAACUUGUUUUGUUUUAUGGCCCUGAUCCUGCAAGCAGCUCCACUGGGGCAAGUCUCUGUCAAUUUGGGUUCUAUGAAGGUAUAGAGGUCUGCUUCCAUGGAGAGGCUUACAGGAUCAGGGCCUAUGUUUGUAAAGUAACAUGUAAACAUAUGGGGCUACAUAUACAGUUAAUAAUAUUUGUAUAAUUCCAUUGAAAAGGGGAGACAUCUGAUUAGCUGGCAGCCUCGGGAUUUUUUGGCUUUUUUUGUCUUUAUUUUUAAAUUAAAUAUGAAGUACAAUCUUUACAUUACAGCCUUUGUUGCUUUCCUAUCAGCUGGAAGGUUUGCUUCAAGCCGAGCUGGUGCAUGUUUGCUGCUUCUCCUGGUGCUGUGGUUUGAGCUGAAAUUAUUCUUUUAAACUAACCAAACAACAUUUAGGAAUCUAAAGGAAGUAGAGUUGAGUCAUAGGGCAGUUGCACAAUAAAAUGUUCAGCUGGGAUGUGAAUUUUAUUUGGGGCUAGACUAGAGUUUUGUGGGAAGUGAGGCGGGGAAAUUUCAGCUUUGUGCAGUGGCUUCUUUUCUAUGUAGCAAGUUUAUGAGCUUGUUGCUGCUGUUUGUGUCUUCAUUGGAUUGCAUUUAUAAUCACUUGUCAAAGGUGUCUGGACUCUGGGAUUGAUGUUUUUAUAUUCACUGCAUUGAAAUUAAGAUGAAUAAGUAACCUGCUUCUGAUUUAGAAUUUUUAAAACCCUUUCCUGCUUCAAAAGCAGCUAUGUCCCAAACCACUAAGAGAGAGCAAAAUAUAGAAGCAGUAGCAUGGCUUGAGGUGAAGAGCCCAGUUUACAGCAACUUGAAGAGUAUCGGGUCCUAAAGCCAUUUACAUUCUGGAGCACCAAAAGAGGCUAGCUUGAUUACCACCAUAUUUGAAAACAAGCACUGUUCUGCUUAACUCAGAGCUGUGUUACAAGUAUGCUUGGGCAUAACCAUGUUUGCAGACAGUUUUAAACUUAUUUACAAGUAGUAGUAGCAGCAUGGUCUAAUAUAUAGGACGUGGGAUUGGGAGUUAAGGGACCUGGGUUAUAAUUCUGACUCUGCCACUGUCUGAUUUUAGACAAGAACUUUAUUUCUCAAUUUCCUCAUCUGUAAAAUGGGUAAAAUUUUCAAAAGUGUCUAAGUGGCUUAGACGCCUAAGUCUCAUUGACUUUCACUGGAACUUAGGGCUUGUCUACAUGGUGCCGUAGUCUGCACUAGAGGUGUGUGAAUUUUAGCAUGUUGUAUACUAACUGGCCCAAGUGGACCCUGCUGGCAUGAACUAAAAAGUUCCCUUGUGCAUAUUAAUGUAGUCCAAUUUCAAACAGUACUACAUUAAUAUGCACUAGCGAAUUUUUAAUGCACACCAUUGGGAUCCACAUGAGCCAGUUAUUGCACGUAGAAUUUACACCCCCCUCGAGUGGACUAAUGCACUGUGUAGCAAACACUUAGUCUGCUAGGGGCAUUGUGGGUCAGGAUUCACAAAGGUAUUUAGUGAUUUCAGGGGCAGUUAGGUGCCUAAGUACCUUUGUGAAUCCCACACCUGAGUGUCUUAGCUGCUUUUGACAAGGCUUUUAAGUCACUUAGGUGCUUUAGAAAAUUGUACCCAGUGUUAUUUACUAUCUUCUGUAAAACGCUUUGACAUUUACCAAAAAAACCCUAUGUUAUGUUACAACUGACAGGGCAUAAGACCAUUAAAUAUAUUUUAAAUUAAAAGAACAAGAAAAAGUCAUUAAAUAUAUCAUUUGCAAUAGUUAUCUGUAACUAGUAAAUGUGGACUGAAUCCUGACCCACAAUGCCCCUAUUAUUCCAGACCUAUGUCUCUCUAGAGAAUAGUCAGCUAAGCCUGCCAAAUUGUGUCUAAUUUGUGGAGUGGACAACUGAAAAUUAGAAUUUCCCUGUCAAAGUCAUUUUUCCUUACAUUCUAAACCCGGAGUUGAAUCCGAAUGUCCAAACGUUAAAAAACACCGAAUGGGUUCAUCCAUAUCACCAGCUCAUCUCCAAAAUCUAGCUCUGUAAUAGAAAACAAUACAGAACUGCAACCUUACAUUAAAAUUGUAGAUAAUUUCAGAGUACAGUAUUAUGUACUAGUGCUCCAUGAUGAGUGCUUCAUCGAGGCAGUUAGGGAUUUAUCAGAAGAUUACCUGUAUUUUAAUCAGCAUGGCAUGAUUUCCAGUAGCUGUUGAACAGAUUAGGGUCAUCUGCAGGAAGCACAGCAGAGCUUGAACAGUCCGAGCCCAAUAUGGCUCACACUAGGGAAGAAAGGAGACAAAUCAACAACUAGAGAAGGUAUGAAGUAUUAUUAAAGCUCAGUGUAUGUUCUGUGCAGUAAUGACUAUGCUUCCAUGUUUCUCCAAUGUGUGUCAUUUCACAGGAAAAGCAGAGUAGCUUUGCCACUCUAAACAAAUGCAGAAGAAACGCAGUGAAGGGACACUGAAAUCUGUAAUGUGUUGGAAAUCAUGUCAAUAUUUGGCUUUUCAUUGUAUUGUGAUUAGCUUAGUUAUAAUGAUUUGCUUUUUAUUGUAAUGUGCAUCUGUGAAACUUUUGAAUCUGAAGAGAGACAGUUACAGAAUGGCGGAUCCUUAUUCAUUAGAUGGGAAAGGAUUUCUCAGAGGUGGUUCAUAAUUUUUGUUGUUUCAUCAAGUGUGCAAGGGAAGAAGGAGAGUGAGCAUAUUUAUAUGAUCAUCAUAACCCUUACUGAAACCUGUGUGGCAAGAGAUUUUCAUGUAUUUUGCCUUCCUGAUCCAUAUAUUUUGUACACUUGAUAAGAUGACAAUUAUAUUGGAUGACUUCUAAAAUCACCGGUUUAUUAAAAAUAAAUGUAAAGUUUAUUUGAUAA